AUGCCGGAAAUAGUGGAUGACAAGUCGCAACAUUGCAUUCCCUUCCUCCUUGAACGGCUACGCAUCCAUACCGGACGGCACCACGCCAAUGGCAGGACCCCGCCGUUUUUCAUGGGGCUCAAUGGCGUCCAGGGCGCCGGCAAGACCGUCCUGGUGUCAGCCCUGCAGGAUACGCUACAGUCGACCCCGUAUUCCCUCUCCGUGGUGACCUUGUCGCUGGACGACAUCUAUCUCACCCACGCAGACCAGGUGGCCCUCGCCCAGGCUCAUCCCACAAACCCACUGCUCCAACAUCGGGGCCAGCCUGCGACGCAUGAUCUGGCGCUGGGCGAAAAGGUCUUCGCAUCUCUUGCGGCCGAGCAACCCACGGCAAUUCCACAAUAUGACAAGUCCGCCUUCGGAGGCCAGGGCGAUCGCGUGCCCAGGUCGCAUUGGAAGACGGUCAACGCCGAUGGACAAGAGAAGGUCAAGGUCGUCAUUUUCGAAGGAUGGUGCGUCGGAUUCCGCCCCUGGGAUGACCAAACGCUGCGUGCGAAAUGGGAGGCUGCGGUGAGACAGAAAGAGACCGGGGACUAUCAUGGACGAUUGGGUCAUGUCAAGCUCGAGGAUGUCCAGACGGUGAACGAGGCAUUGAAACAAUAUGAUUCUCUGACCGACAAACUGGAUGCUUUGAUCCAUAUUGAUGCCCAGGACCUCCAGUUCGUUUAUGAAUGGCGCCAGGAGCAAGAGCGCACCUUGCGAGCUGCUCGAGGCACGGGAAUGACCGAGGAACAGGUCAAUCAUUUCGUCGAUGGCUAUUUUCCAUCUUACGAGCUCUUCACGGAGACCCUUCGCGAUGGAGUCUUCAAGCCUCGCGCUUCCUCCGUAGGAUCGACGCCAGAUUGGCAAGGGAGACAGCUUCGAUUGGUCGUUGACCGUAAUCGCAGGGUUCAGAACGUAUUGCAAGUUUAA